AUGGAUCUUUUGCAAACCGAAAGUGUUUUCUCAUGCGAACAGCUCCGACGUCUAGUAUACUUCAUCAAAUCUUAUAGUUAUCUCUAUCAAACCGUCAACAUCAGAUAUUUUGUUGAUGAAAUAUGGCAAAAAAUUCCACCAGAUUGGCUACGUUACUUGUGUACGCUUACGAACACUGAGUUGAAUUCAUUUCCAUUCGAGAAGCAACAAUCGUCGGGAUGUCCUAAAAGUCUGCAUAAUUUCGUGAAUGACAGCCGUCAGUGUAGUUUACUUUUAUCGUUUGCUAACAACUUUGGAUUAUACAAUGAAACGAGCGAAGAUUCGAUGUUGAAGAAGAAGGAUGAAUCGGUGAAACAGCAACCGAAAAUGAACCUUUCAAUUCGUGCGAAGAAACAACAUGAGCUAGAGCGAUUUGUCGCGCUCAUUAGAGAUUCAUGUCAUCAGUUCAGAGUUAAUCGAGUGGUUGAUGUUGGCUGUGGAGUGGGUCAUCUUUUGAGUGUGCUAUCAAAUGAAUUCAACGUUGUUGGCAUUGAAUGUGAUGAGUUACUUUGCUGCAGUGGCAAGGAGCGAUACGCUUCGGUGCACUAUGUGAAUCUAAAAUUAACGACAAAUUGGGCAAACGAUCCGCAAAUCGUUGAUAUCUUCUGUGGAAGUGAGAAUAUGAACUUUAGAAGUGCCAUUGUUUCACUGCAUGGUUGUGGUGAUUUACAGACAAUUUUACAGCGUUGUUUCGUCAAAUUACCGUAUGAUCGAUGCCCACUGUUGUUCACCGUCGGAUGUUGUUAUCAUAAAAUGACUACGAUUGAAAAACCAGUGAUCGAUUGGGCACUAAGUGAUCGAAUUCGUUCGUUAUGUUCAGCAGACUGGGUGCUUGAAAGAAGUGCGCUAAGGCUUGCUUGUCAAGAGCAGUUGUCGAGGUGGCCAUCAAGUAAUGAGAAACGAGAGGCACAUUCGCUUUCAUUUAUACGACGAUCCUUACUUGAAUGCGUUUAUGAAAAGAGAGGAAUGCGUGAAAAAAGCACUGAACACCAUUCGCGUCGAGUAAAUCGCUCAUUUGGGAAGCUAGAGGAUGUUGGCAUGGUAAUCGCUGAACGAUUAGGCGUUGAUGGAGAGGAACGCGUACAACUAAUCACCAACUACAAAAAUGCUCAUUCGAAAUACGAGUCCGUAUUCAACACAGUAGAACCGUUCACGUUGCUUCAAACGUUGAUGCAAAUGCCAUUAGAAUCAUUUGUAUUAAUUGAUCGCUAUUUGUUUCUACUCGAAGCCGGCUGCUCGGCAUGUUGUAUACCGAUAUUCGAUUCGAAAAUCUCACCCAGAAAUUUUUGUCUUAUUGCAAGUCGACAAAAGAAGUCAGCAAAUUGA